AUGUGGCCCCUGGCCGCAGCCGUCCAGCUCCUGACCCUGGCCUCGGCAGGCGGCAUCUCUCAGGAGCACCCCAAGAUCAUCAAUGGCACCAAUGGGACCAGCGGGUUCCUGCCAGGUGGUUUCACCUGCCAGCCCCACUCUCAGCCUUGGCAAGCAGCCCUGCAAGUACAUGGGCAGCUGCUCUGCGGGGGAGUCCUGGUGCACCCCAAGUGGGUCCUCACUGCUGCACACUGCCAGAAGGAGGGCUGCCGAGUGUACCUGGGCAAACAUGCCCUGAGCCGCGUGGAGCCAGGAGAGCAGGUGAGGGAGGUGACCCGCUUCAUCCCCCACCCUCAGUACCAGGUCAGCCCCACCCACAUGAACCACGACCACGACAUCAUGCUCCUGGAGCUGCAGGACCCGGUCCAGAUCGGCCACCACGUCCGCGUCCUGCCCCUCUCCCGCCACGACUGCCUCCCCCCAGGCACCUCCUGCCUGGUGUCUGGCUGGGGCACCACCACCAGCCCCCAGGUGAGUUACCCGCAGACCUUGCAGUGUGUCAACAUCCAGCUGCGCUCGGAUGCAGAGUGCCGCCAAGUCUACCCAGGGAAGAUCACGCCCAACAUGCUGUGCGCGGGUACAGAGGAGGGCGGCAAGGACUCCUGCGAGGGUGACUCCGGGGGACCCCUGCUGUGUAACGGGACCCUCCAUGGCAUCAUCUCCUGGGGAGACUUCCCGUGCGGUCAGCCCAACCGGCCCGGCGUCUACACCCGCGUUUCCCGCUACGUCCCAUGGAUCCGAAGCAUCAUCCGCAAGCACAGGGCCCCUGAUGGGAAAGGGGUGAAGGGCUCGUGA